AUGAUUGCAAUCAAGAACUCUAACAUUGUGAACUUGUACAAGUACGUUCACCAAGGUCCUUAUGUCUAUUUAAUGAUGGAACUUUGCCGUUCAAAUCUUGAAGAGUUCUUAAAAGAAAAUAAAGAUGUUCCUUCAUCGAAACUUCAUGAUAUAGCAUUUGGAAUGAUUAAUGCAGUUAAUUGUUGCCAUGCAAACGGUAUCAGUCAUGGAGAUAUCAAACCUUCAAAUUUCCUUUUUGAUUUCAAUGGAAGAAUCAAGAUAUGCGACUUUGGAUUGGCACAGAAGUCAUUGCAUGAGCAAAUUUACACAAACCUUUCCGGAACAAUGAUGUUUUUGGCUCCAGAAGUUAUUCAGAGAUUACCAUUUGAUGCGUUUGCAGCUGAUAUUUAG